AUGAAACCGAAGACGACGCUGGUCGUUUCGAAGGUCACCCCAAAGGGGGUGCUCACAAAAAUCAAUUUUGCACUAAGUAAGUUGGUAACGUCAAUUGGAACAAUUGGUGCUGACAUCAUGCUUAAGGAGGCAACAACACUUCAAGCUGUUUUAAUUGUCGAUACAAUCAACAAUCCGUCUGGGAUAAUGUUCAACAGGGGAGAGGUUGGUUCCCUUUAUGUAAACGGCCAACCGAUCAACAAAAAUAUGACUUACCCAAUCACCGCACGUGACCUUAUCCAGAUAUUGGAUCAUUUCCUUUAUUUAACGUACGGUAAACCGGAAGAAUCCGACAAAGACAUUGUUCUACAGAAAAUGAAGGUCGGGAAGAGAAAAUCAAUUUCAAGUACACCAAUAAAGAGGGAUAGUAUAACCGUAAGGAGGUCUCAAGAACAACGGACCAGUAUUAAGAAAUUGGUUUCGGAAGAUAACCCAAAGGAGUUUAAGAAUGAGGACAACGACUUCAACGUAAAUUUUUCGCUUUUAUCUUCCGUCAUUCCAGAAGAGAUUGAGAUUGACAACGCGAAUGACAGCAAAGUUGAGAGUGGUGGAACGAAAGAAGAUUUGAGGCGCAAAAAAGUGGAGAAAGUGAGAAAGCCAAGAAAAAGAUCACAAUCCCGCGAGGCGAGGAGAGAGACCUGUGAGAUCGAGGAACUCAAAGAUGAAGAGAAGAAAGAGGUUGUAAUUCGUGUUUCGCAACAGAAGGGUAACGUCAAAUCAAUUAUAAGCGAAACCGACUUUUUGAAAGGAAAGGUGUUUUACUUUGGGAUGAACGAUGAGAUGAUGAAAAAAUACGAGCAUAUUAUCAAGAAGUAUGGUGGGAAAGUUGGUGACCGAUACCCAAAAUUUGAUAAAGCUUUAUUGCCAACAAAAGCUGAGCUUGACGCGUUUAAAAAAGAAGAAAAAGGAGAAGAGCUAUUUCAUAAGUGGGGCGUGAACGGUCCCAAAGAAUGCGCCUUAGUCGUGAGUAAAGAAAAUGAGGGUCCGCACAUGGCUUACUUAUGUUGCAUUGUCAGCCAGGUUCCUGUCAUCAGAUCGGAUUAUUUUGACCAAAUCGCUAAACAAAAGAAAGACGUUGGGAUGUUCAAUUUUCUUGCACCGGUUAUACCAACAUCAACAGGUGUUUUUGCAAAUUCAGUUCAGCCAAUUGAGUUCUUCCCAUUUGAAACAUACAACAUUAAUGAAGUUCCCAGAAUUCAAAUUCCGGCGAAAAAGAGUGAGUCGGAGAAGAAUAUCACUGAAACCUUUAUCGUUAAAGUUGGGUGCAGGGUGGUGGACCGAACAAUUACUCGGAAAAGCGAACUGAAACCGACGGGACUUGACAAAUCUGUUUACUCUUUUAGCCCCAUCAUGGAGUCUGAGGUGAAGAAAAAUAGGAUGAGCAUGGGUACUCAAAGAAAAAGCGAGGCGCAACAAGACUUUCUUGUGCUAUAUCUUGAUUGGGUUGUGAAGAUGAUUUUGGACGGCGGUUUUAUAGCCCCACGAGACUACAUUCUGAAUAAGGACGUUGAUGGGUAUGACCAAAUCUAA